AUGACCAAAGUCUACGAUUCCCCGGCUGCUGCUGUGGGAGAUUUGCCGGCGGGCGCCACCAUUCUGAUCAGCGGCGCGUCCGCAGCUACUGAACCCUCCUCCCUUUUGGCGGCUCUGGCCGAUUCUGGUGUUGGCGGGCUCACCUGCGUAUGUGAUUUCUCCGAUUGCCAGCCUGAUUCCAUGGUCGCCGCAUUGGUGGCGUCGGGACAAUUCGCCAGGAUCAUUUCCCCAAAUCCACCAGAUGAUCUGGUUGCGGGGGCGGACGCAUCCCGUCUAAUGCCCCUGGGCCUCGCGGUCGAGGAAGUGCCCCAGGGCACUUUGGCCGAACGCCUGCGCGCCGGCGGCGCCGGAAUUGGCGGGGUCCUGAUUCCGGUAGGAGCGGGCACCCGGUUCGCGGCCGGCAAGGAAUUGCGCGUGAUCGACGGCGUGGAGUGUGUUCUCGAACUGCCGUUGCGAGCCGACUUCGCAUUGAUUCGCGGAUCAGUCGCCGACACGUUGGGCAACGUCAUGUACCGAGGCCAUCAGCGGGGAUGGAGCGCCACCAUGGCUGCCGCCGCGCGCGUCUGCGUCGCAGAGGUCGACACCGUCGGCGAACCGGGAAUCAUAGACCCCGAGCUGGUAAUCACACCCGGAAUAUUUGUUAACCGCGUCGUCCAAACCACUCGAGGCACGUAG